AUGCCGACAUUCCUUCGUAAGCUCUCUUUUUUCAAGUGCGGCAGGAAAGACAGACCAUCUACGGUGCCGUUGGUGGCGCAUGGAGAGGAGGGAGAUGGUGCUGAUAUCGUGAUGGACGGUAUCGACAUCGAAUGCGGUAUAUGCAGAGCUUCGAGGAAGAUCCCGGAAGAGGCGAAUAAUUUUCUCUGUGAAGUCUGCGAAUCAGUCAAUCGAGUAAUCGUCUAUCCAUUGGGCGAUCGCGGUGUGGAUGUCGUUGAAGAUCCCUCCUGCACGUUGCCUCGUCAAAGGGGAGCGGUCCACGGCUUUCAACUCUCGGAAGAUUCCCAAAAGGCCGCUUUACUACCCUGCAGCAUCUGUCUUGAUCGUCCUGGAGAUUGCGUAUUGCUUCCGUGCAAUCACGGAGGUUUCUGCCAGGUUUGCAGUAUUUAUGUUGGAUGUAAUCUUGCUGUUGGAGGUCGCCAUUGCCCUAAAUGCCGUGAAUACAUCGAUCAAAUCAUUCGCAUUGGAAAGAUCCACGAGAUGGAGCUGAAAGGGAAUCCUGUCGCCCUACCGAUGCCGUUGGCGGAUGAGAAGCCUCCGGAGGCAGCAGCUCCGGUGGGUAUCGAACGAUCAAAGGGAAAUAGGAGGCAGGAAGCCCCCAAGAGAGGGACGACUACUACUACGGUCGGUAGCAGUAGCUGCAACAAUACUCCCAACCCGUCGGUUGCUGGUGAUGAUGAUGAUAUCGAUGGAGAUACGAACAAAAGCCCUCGUAACGAGUCAGCUCCGGGUACCCUCCCGGCAGUUUUCGCGGUCGAACUGACGUCACCGCGAUUCCGCGAUUGUGAAGAACGAGCGGAACCGAAAUCGACCCUGCAGUGA